AUGUCUGAACCGGUGGAAUCGCUUUCAAAAUCAACUGACAUGCUCAGUAUUCAGUCUGGAGACAAGCUUUUGUCUCUAGCCAACGAAUUUGUGCCCACAAGCUAUGGUCUUGAUCUUAACAUCUUGCCCGCAAAGAACAUGUUCAAUGGUGAAUUGUCAAUCACUUUGAAGGAAAACUCCUCCUAUAAUGGACCUACUUCUGAAAUAUUCCUGGUGACCUUACACUCAUCCAAACUUGUGUUUACCAAGGCUGUCAUUGGCGAUGAAAAACUCAAAAUUGUGUAUAACAAGGAGAAGGAAACAGUAAUUUUUAGCGGUGCUGCUCUUGCCAACAAUACCCCACAGACAACCCAUGUCCUUCAUUUGACAUAUGUCGGACAGUUGAACACCAUCAAGACGUAUUCAGACCCAACUUUUGGUCUUUUCAAAACUAAUUACUUGGACAAUAUCAGUGGAAAAUCCAACAACUACAUUGUAGCAACACACAAUCAACCAUUCUAUACCAAAAAGGUAUUCCCCUUGAUUGAUGAAAUCAGCUUUAAAGUGCCCAUUAAACUUACAGUGACUACUUUGAACAAGUUCAAGGUAGUUUCCAACUCUCAAUUGGAAUCGAAAGACCCAAUCUCCAUGACUGAAAAUGCCAAAUUCUCAUUUAAAGAGACUCCUCCAAUGUCUGGACAUUUAUUCGCCUUGGCAUUGGGAGAUUUGGAAUUUGCUGAGUUGGACAACCAAGAAGAAUCUUCAACUCCUAUUAGAUUCUACACCCCAAUUGGUGAGCUUUCAAAGGCUUCUUAUGCCCUUCAAGUGGCCACCAAGGUGUUACCUAAGUUGGAAUCCUUAUUUAAGUACAAGUUCCCCUUGGAAAAAUUAGACUUAGUAGCCUUGCCAUUCCUUUCGGAUAUGGUGAUGGAAAACUGGGGGAUGAUCACAUUCAAUCAACAUCAGGUACUUAGAGAAAACAUUGAAUUGGAUGAGUUGGCCCAACAACAAACCCGUCAAUUGAUUGCUCAUGAACUUAUACAUCAAUGGGUUGGGAACUUGGUUUCGUUUGAUGACUGGAAAUACAUGUGGUUGAAUGAAUCAUUUGCCACAUGGAUGGGUAAUUAUGUGCUUUCCACCUUGGACUUGAGCCCAGAAGAUUCUAAGUUGUAUAGAAUCAACCAAAUCCAAGAAUCGGAACAGCUAAUGGAUAGAGAUGACACAGUGUCUAUACCAUCCAUUGAAUCUUUCAUGAAGAUCCUCAAGACUUCUUCAAACUCAUCAACCAAGACUGACCUGUUGUUCGACAAGGACAUCUAUGAUAAGGGGAUGGUUCUUCUUAAGAUGAUUGGUGGAGUAUUAGGUGAAGAAAAAACCUUGGAGGCAAUUCACCAAUUCUUAAUUAAACAUGCAUUUGGAUCAGUCAAGGCUCAAGACCUUUGGACCGAGUUCAUUGCACUCUCCGAUGGAGGAGUACUUAGUUUAAUCCAUUCAUGGAUUAAGUACGAACUGUAUCCAAUUGUUACCAUUGACUUGACCGAAGACAAGAAGAACGUUAUCUUAGACCAACAAGAAGAAAGGGACGAAGAAUCCAAAGAACAAUCUCAUCCUCCCUACCAUUUACCACUACAACUCAAAGUUAUCAAGGAGAAUGAAUCUUCUACAUCUGUUUUGAACAACUUGAUCGUUUCCAACGAACGUCAAGUGAUUGAGAACGUCACUCCAGAGACUCUUGUGAUGGUUAACUCUGAUAGAUUGGGUUAUUACCGGGUGAAAUAUGGUUUAGAAUACUUACCAUAUUUGGAAUCGCACAUUAAAGCCAACUUACUUUCAACUGCUGACCUCAUUUCAAUUCUUAAUGAUUACAAUAAAUACAUUGAACAGGGCGGAAAGCUGGUUGAAAGGGAUUUGAUUGUACUUGUCCGUGUUCUCGACUGCUUUGUUGAUAAACUGUGGACCAUUGAUUACCAAGUGUUGCAAGUGGGAUUGAACAUUUUGGAAACAAUCAAUAGUAUCUUGCUUAAUCGUUCCCAGUACACUGAAUUCGGUGUUUGGCUUGAAAAAUACACCACUCAACUCUAUGAAAAAUGUGGAGGUUGGAGUGACCUUCUCACAUUACGUCAAGGUGGAUAUUCUCCAGUGGAAAUGGCUGCAAGAAACUCACUUCUUCUGUUAGGAUUGCACAAUGAUCAAUUCCAACAAUUUGGUAAGAAAUUGUUUAAAACAUUGACAAACUCUGGUAUCAAUAAAUCAUUCACUCCAAAGGAACUUAUGCCUUCAAUGUUCAAUUUGGUUAUGCUGCUGGCAAAUCAAAAGGAAUAUAAGCAAAUUCUUGCCUUUGUGAAGAAUUCCAACACUUCAGUAUUGCAAAAUUCUGAUUGUCCUAUAGAUUUUUUCCAAACAUGUGCCGUUUCAUCAUUAUGUUUCACUGACAAUGAAGAAUUAUUGAACAAGUCUCUUAAUUUUGUCAUGACCAACAUAGAUCUGAAACUCAUUGAAUUGGGGUUGAUUGGGUUCCAAUUUAAACAAAGAAAGAACAUGAAACUCAAGUUGUAUGACUGGUACAAGCUUCAUUACCAUGCCUGGGUUAUGCGCUCUUUCAUGAAGAGCACCUGGGCUGUCCAACUUCGUUCUACUUUGGAAAAUAUUACAAACAUUGUCCUUGGAGAGAUUUUGGUUGGUGACUCAGACCUUGUGGAAAAGAAAAAUGAAUUCAUGAAAAAAUUCUUGCAUCUGUUACCAGAACACGGGUUAAAGGAUAAGGUCAAGGAGUAUGAAGAAAGAGUCGACUACAAGAGAUCUGUGGGUGAAGCAUAUAACGAGUUGAAGGGGCACUUCAAGAAUUAA